AAAUCAAAAAACGUCUCUCAGAAAGUGUGCUUGAAUUUAAUCGCUUGUGAUUUUUCGAUAUGUAGGUCCUUCACGUUAUUUUUGGUUUCCAAGGUUAAACAUGAAUGGACACAAUAGCGAAAGCUCCACUCACUGAAUGGCCGUGCGUCAUCGCAGCAGCGCCAAUAGCGAGCACGCCUCCUGACGUCCCUACUAUAAAAGCUGCUCUCCUUUGAGACCUUGAAGCCAUUUCACUCCGUUUGAUGUGGAUGUGAGAAAUAGCCAAUGUCCACUCAGUUUAAACAACUUCACUCACAGUUUAUAUGUGUCCACACAUAAAGGCAUCAUGGAUUUAAACUCCACGCUCUCGGGGCGCGACUUGUCCGGCUUGGGCGCACUGGCGCAGAGAAUCUUUGGGAAUAACUCACACUUUCCUUUUGAAAACAGCAGCGCCGCUUCCAAAACAGAGGAGGAAGACUUAGAAGUCAACACGGACGUUUACUCCAAGGUGAUAGUCACAGUUAUCUAUGUGGCUCUGUUCGCUGUGGGCUCACUGGGGAACUCCAUCACCCUGUACACCCUGCUGACAAAAAAGACCCUGCAGAACCUCCAGAGCACCGUUCACUAUCACCUGGCCAGCCUCGCCGUCUCCGACCUGCUGAUCCUCGUCCUCUCCAUGCCCAUCGAGCUCUACAACUUCAUCUGGUUCCACCACCCGUGGGUGUUCGGGAACGCCGUGUGCAGGGGUUACUACUUCCUCCGGGACAGCUGUUCCUAUGCCACCGCGCUCAACAUUGCCAGUCUGAGCGUGGAGCGCUACAUGGCCAUCUGCCACCCAUUCAAAGCAAAGAGCAUCAUGUCCCGCAGCCGCACCAAGAAGCUCAUCAGCGCCAUGUGGCUGGCGUCCUUCGCGCUCGCCACGCCAAUGCUCUUUAUCAUGGGCCAGGUGAUGCGCAAAGGCGAGAAGAUUUGCACCGCUAUCGUCUCCCCUAUCACCAUGAAGACUGUGCUUCAGGUAAACGCAUUUCUGUCCUUCGUGGUACCCAUGGUGGCCAUAUCGGCACUGAACGGGGUCAUAGCCAAUCAACUGCUGCGAAUGUUCCGUGAGGCAGAGCAAGACAACCGUGUCUGCAUCAUUGGCGGCAAUCCCACCAUGCUGAAUGUCACUGUGGAGCCCAACCGUGCUCAGUCCCUUCGCCAUGGAGUUCUUGUUCUUCGAGCAGUGGUCAUAGCCUUUGUGGUCUGCUGGCUGCCUUAUCAUGCUCGUCGCCUCAUGUUUUGCUACGUGUCUGACUGGUCUGAUGACCUGUAUGACUUCUACCACUAUUUCUACAUGCUGACCAACGUCUUGUUUUACGUCAGCUCGGCCAUCAAUCCAAUCCUCUACAACCUGGUGUCAGCCACCUACCGCCAGAUCUUCUUCUCCACACUGCGCUACUUCUGCAUGCCCUGCCACCAUACACCCAGGAGGUACCCCCACCCCCUGACCCGUCACUCCAUCAGCAUCUCCAGCAACCACACCCUCUCCACCAACAUCAUCAAAGAGACUGCAUAUUGAUUGAACUGAACUGCAAUUGAAUACAUUUUCUCAUACUAUAAACCCACCUGCUGCCACUUUGUGAUUACUUGUCCAACUUCAUCAGGAAAUUCUGCCUCUAGUUUGGAGAAUGUUGGCCAGUAUUAGGCUCACCAUCAUUGUCAAGUGGGGUCAAGUGACCCCUGCAACCACUGGUUUCAUUUCAGAUGCACAUUUUAGUAUGUGUUACUGUGUGUUGUAUGUUUAUUAAAUAUAACCUGAAUUUGUGUAAUCACAAAAACAAAAUACAACAAUGGAAGAAUGAAAAAGGGAAGAAAGGAUGGACAUAAAAGGAAUGCCUAUUUUAAAAUGGUAUGUUAAUGUUUUAUACAGUACAGUAUGUUUCUAUUUACAUGUUUUAAUUGGACUAAUCAUUCAAACUUGCUUGGUGUUGUACAGUGUAAAUGACUGAUGUUUUAGUGUUGCAUCCAUUUAUGAAACUCCUGAAAAUACUUGGCCACUGGCAGUAGUUUUACCAUUACAAAGGUUCUGAUGUAACCAUCCUUUGGUGCAAUUUUGGGUCUGUGGAUAAACCUGGCUUUGAUGUCAGAAAAAAAAAAGCUUUUUCAUCGAUCCAAGUUGCUUUCAAAGCUGUAUUUGAAGAAUCUCUUGCAUCAUUGCCUCUCUUACUAUUGUCACAAGCAGCUUUUUUGCAAAACUUUUGUUAUACACGUGUGUCCAGAUAAUGUCUGGACAAUCUGGUAAACUGGAGGGAGGAAGGGGUCCUUGGAACACUGCUUAGACUCUGAAAUAUGAAUGUCUGUGGGAUUUGUAAAUAGUGCAGACAAAGAUUAUGAUUAUUCCCUGGUAACAGUUUCCUGCAUUAAUUACAGCCUUUAGAAAAUGUGAGGUAAGUGGGUAGACACAGAAAUGGCUCUAACAGGUUAUUUUUAAGUAUUCGUACAUAACACUGUGUGGACUAAUUGUGGAGCAAGUGACACCCUUUGGAAAUAAAUUGCUGUAUAGACAAUGCAGUGAAGCUGCUUAGAAAAGAAAAUACAAUGAAAACAGUGGGAGGAGAAGAGGGAGGGAAAGAUGGGGGAACUAUGGGGGGAAAUGGAAUGUAAUGUUGAGUCCAUGGGGGGCAGACAGAAGAGCACUUCAACAGACACAGAGCAUCUUGUGUUUUCCCACCAGUUGCUCCUUCACGAAUCAGAGGCAGGCAGAGAUCAGGGGAAUCCAACUUCUCCUUUAGGAGAAACACAAAGAUGUGAGACAACCUGGACUCUGCGAGAGGUCACUCUCUUCUGAAUUAUAGUGAAUGGCACUACAGAUGUUAAUUCUACCAGUGUUGUGGUCUCUUUCUGGUAUAGAAAUUCAAACUCAACUGAUCUUUGAGUUUCUACUGCACCUUCCCAGUAUCCCUGCAAAUUUCAGUCCAUAUUGGUCCAUAUUCGAUUCCAGACCUCACAGUUUACAUUCAAUGCCAAUGUUCAGUUCCAACACAGGAAGUAGUGUCUUUUAUGUAGUGAGGCAGUAAAUAAGGGGUGGAGGUGGUAGAUGGGCUUGUGUCAUGUCAGCCUCUCAUUCAGGACACCAGAGUUCACGUCCUGACACAGACCUGCAGUUGACAUUUUUAACUGUAACCACAAUCUUUCCCUAACCAUAACGAAGAGCUUUGGUUGCUAACCCUGACCAUACCUUUAUCACAGUUUUUCAUAAUCAUGAUCUUUCCCUUUAUCUAUCAUAACCAAACCUGUUUCAGUUGUCUAAAGGCCAGCGUAUGCUCGCAACUAACUAGUUCGUUCAACAUGUCAUGCAAACACAUCUAAAGUCAGUCAGUCCUUAUAGUUGUUCUAAAUUGCCACACUCAAAGGUGGAGUGAAAAGCUUGCCAUGAUGGAGAGGGGCAAGAAUGAUAAUCGUUCAAAUGGGGAUAAUGGACUAGACUUUUGUACAGUCUUUUCUUGAUUGCAUAGUAUUGCACUCAUUUGUACACAAAAAUAGUGACAGAAGUAGUUGUGUGAAGAAUGAAACGAGAGACACAGCUCCCCAAUUCCAACAUCGGAAAGGUGUGGGGGGGGUACGGAUUUCAGACACUGCUUGACGAUACGAUAAGCACUUGAAGCAUACUGACGCCUUAACCUUAACCAUAGUAUACCAUCCUAAAUUGAUUCUUGUUAGGUAAUUUCUUUAAGUUGCUAGUCCUUACCGUAAAUCAAAAAUGACAUAAAAAUUUUAAUGAGUCAUUAUAAUUGCAUUAGUUGUAAUCAAGCAAGAUUACCUGGUUGCUUAUCCCUGUAGGAAUUUAUCAGACUGCUGGUGACUUCUUGCAUGUGUUGCCAGUUUUCGGAGUCACAGAUGUGUGCAGUGUGAGGGUGAUGCUUUCUGUAGGUGUGCUCCUCACAUAGCGCACCUAACUUUGAAAGUAUGUUGUGAAUGUCCUUCUACUGCACAAGUCAUUGGGCCUCAUUCACUAAUACGUGCAUAGAAAUGUUGCUGUGUGUAUGUUAGUUAAUCAGAAUCAUACUUGUUGCACCACUACCGCACAGUAUGUCCAUAACAAAAUAAAAAGUUGGUAGAUGUGCAGAUCUGUGAAUAUGAUCUAAAUAAAUCUCUACUGCUGCGCCAGAUGCGCAUCGUGUUUCGUCUCUGUCCACAACAGGCCGUGAUGUAUAAAAGCAGAGCGCCCCUCCCUGUGCCACUACUGAACUGUCAGGCUGUGAGGAACACUGUAUAGGCUGCAUAUACCACAGCCAAAUCUGAUGGGGAAAUUAAUUGCUGUCACAUUUCAAUAUGGAAAUUCCGAUA